CACUGACUUUGUUUUGUUCUCUCCUCCCUCACCAAGCAAAGCACUUAGCUCUGCCCCUCCCUCUCUCUCUCUCUCUCUCUCUCUCACUCUACUCCAAUUUUUUAUAUCUGAGAUCCGGCCCUAAGAUGGGCCUUAAUACGGAGUAUUUCUCUCAAGAAAAUGGAAUGUUAGGUUCCGAGAGUGAUGAUGAUGAUGACAGUGAACUAAAGGCGAGAUCUUUGAUUGGUAGAAUGAUUUGGGAUUUUGGGUUGGCCUGUAUCAUCCCGCAUCGACGGCGACGGAGCUCCGGCAAGGGUAAGGUCGGCGGGUUGAGCUCGUCGGAGCACAAUAAGGCUUGGUUGCUCGCUCAGUCCGGCGGGUGUGGCCGAUCCGAGACGAACAAUGCCGAGCCUCAGUCGGUCCACUCCUCCUUCCGGCUCAGUCUCUGCUCUCAGGUGGAGCUUGAAUCUAUGAAUGUCAUGAAUAGCCGCUCCCACGCCACCGUCUUGAUGGUGAAUUUGGAAAACGGGUCGACUGAUCCGGGCGGGUCGAGGGAGCUGAAAUGGAGGAGAUUUGAGUCUCUCGAGAGGAGCAUUUCCCCGGUCGCCCAUUCUUUACUUCGGUUUAGCUAUCAAGAAAUUGUGUCUGCCACUUCCAAUUUCUCCAAAGGUAGAGUUUUAGGAAGAGGAGCAAUGAGCUAUGUAUUUAGAGGAAGAAUCUGGUAUCUGAAAGCUGCACUGGCGAUUAAGCGGUUGGACAUGGAAGAUAAGGAGACACCAAAGGCAUUUUGUAGGGAACUAAUGAUUGCCAGCUCUCUACACAACCCUCACAUUGUUCCUCUUCUGGGCUUUUGCAUUGAUGCAGAAGCUGGUUUGUUUCUGGUUUACAAGUAUGUCUCCGGUGGAGACUUGGACUGUUAUUUGCACGAGAAGAGGGGAGCCAGUGGUAGUCCGGCUCUUCAUUGGUCAGCUAGGUACAAAGUUGCUCUUGGCAUUGCAGAAGCCAUUGGCUAUUUGCACAACGGAACCGAAAGAUGCGUUGUUCAUAGGGACAUCAAGCCUUCAAACAUUCUUCUUUCUUCCAAGAAGAUACCCAAGUUAUGUGACUUUGGAUUAGCUACAUGGACCCCUUCACCAUCUGUGCCUUUCCUUUGCAAAACUGUGAAAGGGACGUUUGGGUAUUUAGCUCCAGAGUAUUUCCAGCAUGGAAAAGUGUCAGAUAGAACUGAUGUCUAUGCAUUUGGAGUGGUCCUUUUGGAACUGAUAACCGGACGGAAACCAAUCGAAGGCAAACACGGAGGAGGAGGACCAGGGGAGGAGAAUCUGGUCUUGUGGGUAGGCGAGUGUCAUAAUAUGACACCAAGUCCAUUUGAGGACCCUACAGUAUUUCUGCUUGCUGCUGAAGUGGUUCCUACCCCUUCUAACCCCCUACAAACUCUUCUUAGCCCCCUAGCCCCACCAUCUCCAGGAGCAGGCUGGGGGUUAGAAAUGGCAAAGCCGCUGCUACAGCAAGGAUCCAUCGAAAAGCUAAUCGACCGGAGGCUCAAAAUCCCACAAAAGAAGGUGCGCGAGAAGGUGUCGCGAAUGGCGCAAGCCGCGGCCGCUUGUGUAAACAACGACGAAUCUCAGAGGCCCCACAUUGAUGCGAUCAUCGCCAUACUUAGAGGCUCUAAGCCUGGUAACUUAGCCAGGAAGAAGUCUACGAACCUCACUGGUAAUAAUGGCUGCGUUUUCGAGUGCUGUCCCCAGCUGUUGCAGCAGAGUAAGAGCCAAAUGAGGAGUCACUUUGAACUGGCUAUGGUGGGAGUUCCUGAGUUUGAAGAAGAAAGUUUUUACUGUCACUGAGGAAGAAGAAGAAGAAAGUUCUUUGUUUGGGUAAAAAUGUAGUGUGUGUAUAUAGAAAGAAAAGGGUAGCCUGUGGGGGAUUAUGUGUACCUGGUUCAUUUCCCAGCCUCAGUUUGUAUAAUCAGUUAACGAUAUUUUUUGUAUGAUUAAAGUUAUCUCAAGUUC